AUGGAGGUUGAAGUGUUUGCUAGUGCUCAGUGCUCAUUAGAGUACCCUGUGAUGAGUUUCGCAACUCUCAUUCUGACAGUCCUGUUGGCGUUGGUUGUCUAUAGUCUUGGUUAUGAAUGCGAUAAAUCAGAAACGGUAUGCGAGACAACCCUGGUUAUCAAACACAGACAGACCAUGUUGCAUCCCACAGAAGCUCAAGUCUACCCAGCUAAUGGAAAACUCUACAGAUAUGAUGACGUUAAUCAAACAAAUGAUAUCUCUAUGGAUGAUGUUAUGACUGCUGAUGGGUGGGAGGACAACAUGUUGGUUGUCGUUGCAAACGAAAGCCUUCCUGGCCCGCCGAUUAUCGUGUAUUUGGGACAGAGGGUCAAAGUUCAUGUUGUUAAUACGUUGUCUUCUGACACGGUCAGUAUACACUGGCAUGGUCUACCAUUACAUGGAUUUCCCUGGAUGGAUGGUGCCCCUUUCGUGACUCAAUGUCCUAUUCUCUCUGGCCAGACAUUCACUUACGACUUCGUUGCAGAACCUAAAGGAACAUAUUGGUACCAUUCUCACGUAGGUAAUCAGCGAACCAAAGGCAUGAACGGAGCAUUCAUUAUAAAAGAGCGGACUUCAUCAGUCAGCGAACGAAUCAUGACGGUACAAGAUUGGAACCACAACUGGGGUGCGGAUAUGAAUUUCCAAAAGAUGCUACGAGCUACACCAUUCGUUGAUCGCAAAAUCAUACCUUUCAGAACAUCUGUAGACGGGGGAUUGUUUGCUCCGUUCUAUGCAUCUUCCGUUCUUAUUAACGGUAGAGGCCGCUUCUACAACGGGACAGGCCAACAUAACGGUGCACCUUUGUCUGUAUUUACCGUCGAACCAGGAGUGACCUAUAGAUUCAGAGUUAUCCAUGUAGGUGCUUUGUAUCCCAUACGAGUAUCGAUCGACGAACAUACGCUCACUCUCGUCGCUUCUGACGGACAUGAUAUCAAUCCUGUUAAUGCUGAAUCGUUCAUCUUUGCCCCUGGGGAACGAUACGACUUUGAAAUCAAUACUGAUAAAGUCAUCGGGAACUACUGGAUACGAGCGGAAACUAUAGAAGUUGCUUCGCAUAAAUCCGAAGCUGUCCUCCGCUACAAUGGCGCAGAUGCAUCUCGAUACCCGUUAACUUCUAGAAAGACUUGUACCCAGGACGACAGGUGUUUAGUCGUAAACUGUCCGUUUGCAACAUAUCCUGCAGACACAUACACAGACUGUUUACGAUACGAUGGUAUCCAAUCAGCAGCUAUGGGCGACCCCGCGCCCGAGCCGUCAUCACUAGAUACGUUCAAAGAACACUUUGUGAAUUUCGGUUUCCCUCUUAAUCGAGCGUCAAUGAAUGGAAUUAAUUUCAAGCUACCCACAGUGUCAGCACUAACUCAGCCCUUCGAGAUUGAGACCACAUGUGACAAACAGGACUGUGGGGAAGACAAAGUUUGUACAUGUACACAUACAAUCAACACCAACCACGAUGAUGUCAGGAACAGGUCUCGCUCAUCCGAUGCACCUUCAUGGUUACUCGUUCUACGUACUGAAAAUGGGUUAUGGGACCUACAACAUGACGACCUCACGGUACAUUUCGCCAAACAUGGACAUCGAUUGCCAAGGAACUGGAGACAUGACCACAAAAUCAAGGCUAAUAAUCCAGGAGUAUGGAUGCUGCACUGCCACAUCCAAAUGCAUUCAGCUCUUGGAAUGAGUUUGCUUAUUAACAGCUCCUAUGGUAUGCACCCCGUUCCUCCAAAAACGUUCCCCGUCUGCCAUGAUUACCCCUCGGUCUUCCGUGAACGCUAUGAAGACCAGCAACAGGGAACAUCUCCUGAAGGCAAAAUAGUGAACCAUAUUAUCAAAGAAGUGUAG